AUGGCAAUCGAAGGCAAAACCUUCAUCGUCGAGCACCUCGACCCGGAGCUGGGCCCCUGGUCAGAACUCGAGUACGCCGCCAUCGCAAGCGAGACGCGCGACUCGAGGGGCCGUUUCAUCCUGUCAAGCCUUCCGCCCGCGUUCCGAGUUCCCGAGGCGCUAGCCGGCAACACGGCCUUUACCGCCGAGCAGCGCGGCGUCGAGGAGCUCUACGCCGCCAACAAGUCGCGAGUCUGCCUCCUGGACCCGGCCGCGGCCAAGGACCUGUCGCCAGAGGACGGCGACACCUUUGACGCCUUCCUGUUCGGUGGCAUCCUGGGCGAUGACCCCCCAAGAGACCGAACCUCGGAGCUGAGGAGGAAGGGAUUCGAGGGCCGCAGGCUGGGCCCCAAGCAAAUGACCACAGACACAGCAGUGAGAGUGACGCGCCUGGUCGUGCAAGACAGGAUCCCGCUCGACAAGGUACCGCAUGUCGAUUUUCCCGAACUCAAGUUCAAUGAGCACGAGAGCACGGAGAUGCCGUUCCGCUAUGUCGUGGACGAGAGCGGCAACCCGAUCAUGCCACCGGGUAUGAGAGAGUUGAUACAAAAGGAUGCAGACAAGGCAGUAAACGACCUAUUCUAG